GUGGGGAAGUUUGUUUGCCGACGCAGCUACAACUAUCCGCCAUAUUGCUAAAAAUAAGUCUUAUGUGUUUAUUAUGUAUUGGCAUUCAAUUUGUGUACAUUGUAUUAUAUGUUGGUAAUAUUAUUAUUAACUAGUAAUUCUUUAAUAUCGCUUUUGUACGCUGUAUGGUUUUAAUUAAUUAUAAAUUGGUCUCCUGUUGCUGAUCAUUUCUUCAAGUCACGGUAAAGAACUACCGAACUCGUAAGAUAAGUCACAAUGCAUCAUUCAGUAACGAUUUCGCUUUUUGAUUUUUCUCGGGUGAAACCAGUUUCAGUCUUUAAAAUAAUGAAUUCAGACAAUGGUAUCAACGAGAACGUCGAUCUUUGGUCAGUAGGAAAAUGUAUAUUUUGUAAAGGAAAUGUAGAGGAAGAUGCAAAAAUUCUUAAUUGUCUUCAUAUUAUUUGUGAAGAUUGUACUAAGAGAGAAAGUACUGAUUUAGGUGUACGGUGUAAAUGUAAAAUAGUAACUGAAGGUGAACUCAUCGAUUACUCGAUUGUGCUACCAAAUAAAUCACAUUCGAAGAUAUGUUCUGAAAAAAAUUGUCAACUCAUAGCAAAGAAAAUCUGCAUGCAUUGUAAAAGCAUAUAUUGCAAACCAUGUUCAAAAACACAUCCAAUUAAGAAUGUAGAUCACAAUCCUGUUUUAAUGAAGUCUUAUCCAUUAAAAAAAGAAUUUGUUUCUUGCACACAAUGUAUAAAGAAUUGUGUAGAAGUAUUUUGUAUAAUAUGUUCAGUAAUGCUUUGUCCUCUUUGUCAUUUAAUGUUUCAUAAGGAACAUGCUUUUAAACUUCUUUCCACAGUGGCUACCGAAACUAAGACAGAGUUUCAAUCGUUGCUGUUUGACUUAAGCAAAGAUAACAAUCAUUUAGAUUUUUUGUUGGAGACGUCGGAUGAAUAUAUCGAGAAACUAAAAUCCGAAAAGAAGAAAAUUAAUGACAAAAUUGAUGAAUGUAUCAAUAAGUUACAUGAUGAAGUUCAUAAACGAUCAAAUGUACUAAAAAAAUUACUUGAAACAAAUGCCACAGAUGCUGUUAAUAGUAUUCAUAUGAAUAAAAAGGUUCUUAACGGUAUUAUAAAAAAAAAUGAAUAUUAUUAUAGGUUAACAAGCUCUGUUAUCAAUGACAAUCAUACAAUUAGAUGUAUUACACUUUCAAAAAUUAUUAAAGAUCAAAUGGUUAUUGCUAGGAGACAAGUCCAAGAGCUGCCUAAAGAAAAAGCAAAUUGUAAAGUUAAAUUGAUAUUCAAUGAGGAACAAUCUUUAAAAAAAUGUGUAGAAUCUAUUCGAGCAAUGGGAAAUAUUAUUUCAUCACAGAUUGUUAAUUUAUCAACAUUUAAAACCACAAUUGACUCAAAUAAUGUUUUCCCAGCUCUUAAAAAUGAUGUAAGUAGUUAAAAUAUUAGAAUAGGUAUUUUUGAUAAUUACAUGCUUAUUUUACUUUUGAGCCUGUACUAAUUAUUAAGAUUCAAGUUUCAAAGAUUUUUUUUUGAUUACAUGCAUAUUAAUUUGUUUAGCAAUCUUAAAUUAGCAUGUUAAUGAUAUUUAACUGUAGCUAUCAGUUUUAUGAUUAUUUAUUAAUGGUUUUUAAUAAAAAUUUGAACAUUGCAUUUUGCAAAUGUGCAUUUUUUUUUUUGUUAACAAUUCUUAGUUUGGUUCAAUUACCUCAAUGUACCUCCAUUUUUUCCCAUCCAUCACCUUUACUUUCUAUUCUUUUGUACUUGAUUUUUCCUAUGUCUUCUAUGAUUUGUUUCAUAAACAGUAUUCUUGGUCUUCCAGCUUUUCCAUCAAUUCAUUACAUUUCUAAUCCAUUUAGAUCUCCUUUCUUUGUUUUUCAUUAUGAUUUCUGCUGGUUCAUUCUUUUGUGUACUUCCUAAUUUAUAACUUUUUCUGUUCAUAAAAUUUUCUAUGUUCUUCUCCAACACUGUGUUUCAAAUGCUUCAAUCCUUUUUUUCUGCUUUGAUUAUUGUCUAUAUCUCAGGCCCAUAAAAAGCUAUACUGCCUAUACUUCAGUUUUUAUUGUUUUUAGACUAACAGUGUUUGUCGUGAAUAGGUUCUUAUCGCAUGUUUGCUUGUGCUAUUCUGCUCAUUGUCCAUCUUGCUUUUUCUGAUACAGUAGAAUUCAUUAAUCUGAACUAAUUAGGGUUCUAGUUUGUCCAAAAAUUAAACUAAAUAACCAAGAAUCAUAAAUCAUAAAUUUAAAAAAAUUGUAUUGGAUAUUUUACUAUACUUACAAUACUUAAGUCUAUCAAAUACAUAUAUCUAACAAUAUUAAAGCUAAACAAUUGUACAUAGUUGUAUAAUUGAACUUGUUUUCAUGUUUAUUUUAAUCUACAUCAUGAACUAGUGUGAUGAACGGCUGAUUAAUGAGGUUUAACUGUAUAUUAUAUUAUUUUGCUUUCUAAAUUAUGUAAAACAUUGAAACAGUUUGUAGUUUCCCAUUUUCUAUUUUUCUGUUCAAAAACAUUUAUUGUUUGCAGGAUAUUAGUAUUUAUGUUUUGUUUAUUUUCAUUUUGUAUAAUUUACAGCUCUCAUUUAAUCUUAUUAGCAUGUUACUUAAUUCCUCUUCACUUUUGGCUAUUACUAUUAAGUUGUCUGCAAAUCGAAACGUUUAUACCAGCAAACCAUUUAUAUUUCUCCAAUACCUUCUUUCCUAUACUCUGUAUAGAAUGAUGAGAAUACAACUCGUUUGCGCAAUUUCCCGCCAUGAGGCUAGGACCUCUAGCGUUGGGGAUGCGCAAGAAUUGUUUUCUAGUUUUGGUCCCCGCCCAGUUGCAUUCCAAUCAUCAACCAGAGUAGUUAUAUAUGUAUGACAUGUAAAAAUUAUUUUUAGCAAUCUGAGGUGCCGUUGAUGAUAAAACCUAGAUAUUUACUAGUCAAAAUCUGAAUACUAAUAAUAUUGAUGCGUUUAUUUAAAAUGAUUAACAUGUUAUGCAUGUUUUUAGGUCGAUAAUUUUCUGUCUAAAGAAGUCUAAUUUCAACUACUUAUCAUGUUUUUAUGGUGUAUACAUAACAAAAAAAAAAAUUAUCGCUUUAUUCAGAAUAUAACGCUACUAGUCUAUGUGGACAAUGUUAAUGUCAAUAUAUAAAAAUGAAAUCAUAGAUAUUUACAACUGUUAAGUUAAAAAACAAUAAUAGUUCUUAUAAAUAGCAUUAAUGCAUUAUUUUAAAUUACUACAUAUAUGAACCACUUGUUAGUGAAAAGCUUAUUAUCUUAUAAUUUAAAUUCAAUUGUAAAUCUGAUAACACAUUGAUAACUAAGACUACCUCACAAUUAUUUUCAUAAUAAUAUUAAAAUGUUAACAAAUGCAUUCAUAUGAGCUUUUGAGCGAAACAUAUUUUAUUUUCUGCAAUUAAUUUUAAAAAAAAUUAGAAAUGUCUUAUUUUGACACAGCUAAGUACAAAUUAGAUAACAUUUCCUACAAGAAACCUGAAGUUGAUAAUUAGAACAUACAUAAAUAGUGUAUUUUUACUCAAAAACAAAAAA